GUGAGGCCGGGCCAGGGAGCGAGGCGGCUCCGGCAGCUCCCCCCUGGCACCUCCCCGGCCAUGGCGGCGGCUGCUCGGCGGAGCCGCGGCGGGGCGGUGGUGCUGGGCCUGCUGCUACUGGGGCUGUGCGCCUGUCGGACGGCUGGCGGGCCGCUCCGCUACUCGGUGCGGGAGGAGCUGCCUCACGGAGCCUUCGUGGGCAGCGUGGCGAGCGAUCUGGGCGUGGAUCCCCGGCGACUGGCGGCGAGGGGAGCGAGGCUUACUUCGGGCACCGGCCGGCAGUACCUGGAGCUGGAGCUGGGCCGCGGAGCACUGCUGGUGCGGGAGCGCAUGGACCGCGAGGCGCUCUGCGAACUGAGCCCUACCUGCUUCCUCAGCCUGGAGCUGGUCAUCGAGCAGCCCAUUGAGGUGCACAACGUGGAGGUGGAGGUGCUGGACAUCAAUGACAACGCACCGCGCUUCCCCCGCCAGGAUUACCGGCUGGAGAUCAGUGAGUCUGCCAUGCCCGGGGCCCGCUUCCACAUUGAGAGUGCCCAGGACCCUGAUGUGGGCACCAACUCUGUGCAGAGCUACCAGCUCAGCCCCAGCCGCCACUUUGCCCUGGACCUUAAAAGCUUCCAGAGUGGCAGCAAGCUCCUGGAGCUGGUGCUGCAGCAGCCACUGGACAGGGAGCAGAGUGCCCUGGAGCAGCUGGUGCUCACUGCUGUGGAUGGUGGGGACCCCCCCAGGUCAGGUACAGCUCAGAUCUCUGUGCGUGUUGUGGAUACCAAUGACAACCCACCUACCUUUGACCGCUCCACCUACACUGUGAGCCUUCUGGAGAAUGCCCUGCCUGGCACGCUGGUGGUCAAACUCAAUGCAUCAGACCCUGAUGAGGGCUCCAAUGGGGAAGUGAUCUACUCCUUUGGCAGUUACACCCCACAGAAGGUAAGGCAGCUCUUUAGUGUGGACCCACACUCAGGGGAGGUGCGGGUUAAUGGCACUUUGGACUAUGAAGAAGCAUCUUCCUAUGAGAUCUAUGUGCAAGCUGCUGAUCAGGGCCCUGUCUCUAUGGCUGGACACUGCAAGGUGCUAGUCAACAUUGUGGAUGCCAAUGAUAAUGCUCCUGAGGUCGUCCUGACUUCUCUGUACAGCCCAGUGCCAGAGGAUGCAAAGGCAGGAACUGUGGUGGCCCUGAUGAGUGUCACUGAUCAGGACUCAGGGCUGAACAAGCAGGUGAGCCUGCGUAUUCCCCCUGGCCUCCCCUUCACACUGAACUCUUUCAAAAACUCCUACACCUUGGUCACCCAGGGCAAUCUGGACCACGAGAAAGCAGCAGCCUACAAUAUCACAGUUACGGCUACUGACUCUGGGAACCCCCCUCUCUCCUCCCAGAAGGUGAUCCAUGUGGAGAUCUCAGACAUUAAUGACAAUCCUCCACGAUUUGAGGAACCUGUGUACUCAGUUUACAUCCCUGAGAACAACCCCCUUGGAGCCUUUAUGUGCACUAUCAAAGCCACUGACCCAGAUGUCGCCGAAAAUGCCUAUGUGACCUAUUCUCUACUAGAUGGGGAGAUUGAAGGGCUACCUGUCAGUUCCUAUGUUUCCAUUAAAUCAGAUAGUGGUGACAUGUAUGCUGUCAGGUCCUUUGAUUAUGAGACACUAAGGGAAUUCCAGGUGGUUGUCCAGGCUCAGGAUGCUGGGAUCCCAUCACUGAGCAGCACUGUCACUGUCCAUAUCUACGUGGUGGAUGAGAAUGACCAUGCUCCACAGAUUCUGUAUCCUACCUCAACCAACACUUCAGCAGCCCUGGAGAUGAUCCCACGCUCAGCAUAUGCUGGAUAUUUGGUAACCAAAAUUAUAGCCAUUGAUGGGGACUCAGGACAAAAUGCCUGGUUGUUCUUCCACCUGGUGCAAACCUCAGAUCCAGGUUUGUUCAGGGUAGAGCUCCACACUGGGGAGAUUAGGACUACUCGCAAACUGGGGGAAGACAGCACACCUACUUUCAACCUGACGGUGGAGGUGAGAGACAAUGGAGAACCACCGAUGUCCUCAUCAGUAGCCAUCACUGUUGCAGUGGUGGACAGAGUUUCCAAAAUCAUCCCUGACAAAAGAAGGCACUUAAAAAGUCCAAGCAAUUACUCAGAGAUCACUAUUUAUCUCAUUAUUGCUUUGAGCGCCAUCUCCUUUGUUUUCCUUUUCACAAUCAUUGGGCUUACUGUUAUCAAGUGCUACAGAUACAGUCUGUAUGGGGACUCCUGCUGCGGAGGGUUCUGUGGGGUCAGAGAACGGUCCCCUGCUGAAUUAUACAAGCAGGCCAACAACAACAUCGAUGCUAGGUUGCCUCAUGGUUUAAAAGUACAACCCCAUUUCAUUGAAGUGAGGGGCAAUGGGUCUCUCACUAAGACCUACUGCUAUAAGGCAUGCCUAACAGCGGGCUCGGGAAGUGACACUUUUAUGUUUUACAAUACCUGUGGCCCAACAGGAACUACUGGUCCCUCUGCAGUCAUGACUGAGAGGCAUCUGACAGGACAGAGUGGGCAGAGCGCACAAAACCUGAUCAUACUUAAAAAUGACUCCAUUACGCCUAAUGAGCCAAAACAUCCCAAUCCUGACUGGCGCUACUCUGCAUCCCUAAGGGCAGGAAUGCAAAGUGCUGUGCAUAUGGAGGAGGCAGGAAUCCUACGUGGUGGACCGGGAGGGCCUGAUCAACAGUGGCCAACAGUGUCCAGUGCUACUACAGAACCUGAGGCGGGAGAGGUGUCCCCCCCAGUGGGAGCUGGUGUGAACAGCAACAGCUGGACCUUUAAAUUUGGACCGGGCAAUCCCAAACAAAGUGGUCCUGGUGAGUUGCCAGACAAAUUCAUUAUCCCAGGAUCUCCUGCAAUCAUCUCCAUCCGGCAGGAGCCACCAAACAGCCAAAUUGACAAAAGUGACUUCAUAACCUUUGGCAAGAAGGAAGAGACCAAGAAAAAGAAGAAAAAGAAGAAGGGGAACAAGACUCAGGAGAAAAAAGAAAAGGGCAACAGCACCACUGAGAACAGUGACCAGUGAGGGGUUUAUACUGAAAGAAACCAUUUAGCCAGUUUUUGUAAUAAUGGCAGAUUUCUCCUAUGUAGCAACUCCCAACUUCUUCCUAUUGUUAACAAAUUUUCUGUAUGUACAGACUUGAGAAAAUCAGCAGGAAUUUCACAGUGUCUGUCUAAAUUGCUUAACAGGUUUUGUCUUAAAAGCUUUAUUAAGUCUGGUGUUAACUCUUUUUCUCCGCUCUGGCUUGUUUUCAGAAUCUAAAAAGCAGACACAAGUUUCCUUUCUCCUACGCCGAAAGGGAGAAUCUUCACAGUACAGCCAGUGAGAGGUUGGACUCUGCACUGUGGUUCCUGUGCUCCUGUCUUGAUGACACUUACAGGACAGGUUUAAAAGUUUUAAUGUUGUGCACCCUCUACCUGAUUGGAAAUAUUUGUGUGCAGAUGUCAGAUAGAUUAUAUGAGAUCAGAUUAUAAAAUGCAAGAAGAGCUGGUAAAUAUGCAACAGAGGAAACACCUAAUGAACACAAAUGUUCAAAGAUGUUCAGGCUGGGGAGGAAAUGUCUGAAAGGAGAUGACCAGACUUUUCAAGUCUUGAAAAGUCACUGUGUGGAAAUACUGAGUCCUAUAUAUGACGUAUUAUACACACCCCUGCAAAUAAAACCUCACAUUUACAGCUCUUUAAGAUACCAUAAAUUUUAUCUUCUACCAAGGAAGCCAUUGGGACAAUUGUCCCUUGAAGCCCUGCAUUACCCUGGCAUGGCUAGCCCUCAUAGUGUAAGAAGAGCUGGGCUGACAUCCCAGGAAUGUAACUGACUGUGAUGCUCUAUGUCCCUAUUUCCACUCUAACAUGAUUUUGCACAUUAUGUCUCUGAAAAGGUCAGAGUUUUUCCACGACACUUAUGCAAAAGAGAGAAAAAAGAAAUGUUAACUAUGCUGUUUGUUAUUUGAGAUAUUUAUUUAUAAAGAAAUAUAGCUGUAAAUGUUGAAGAAAUAUGAUGCCCUUUAACCCAAACAGAAGACAGUCUAGAGCCAUUAUAAAUUACAAUUGCUGCUAUUAAAGUGCUUUAGAAAAAUUGCCUGAAACAUCUGUACUAUAUCGGCCACUUGCCAAUAACAGCUUUAUUCUGUCGGGUGACUUGGGGGCUGCCUCUUGCAUGUAUUAAUAAAUACAAGAAUAUCUUUUCUCUUUUUUUUAUUUUUUAUUGCAUUGAUCUGCACUUUGAAUACACCUUUGCAAACAAACUGUCCUCAUAUGAAGAAGCAGAAGCAAACUCCUCACACAAAUGGAUUUACUAACCUGCUAGCUUUGUGCAGUACCUUCGUGUUACCUCCUACACAACCUUUUCUGAUUUUAGUUUAACUUUUCUAUGAGAUUAUGAAUUUCUGACCCUAUUAACACUCAUUAUGUAAAAUUCAAGUACUGUAUGUAUGCUGUAUGCUCUUAUAAGAAUCCUGAAAUAUUUAUUCUGUGCUUGUGUAUGUGAAUGUCAAUGCAACUAUUAUUAGAGUGGACAUUAAGCUUUACCGUUGAAUGUAAAUUCAUUAUUUCUUUUUUGUACACUUGUGGAAAAGUGGAGUAGUGUUAAUUUUUUAAGCCACUGUUGAUUAUCAGUUUUUUGUGUAUGAAACACAAGUAAAAUAUCUUUCUUAAAUCAAGCUAUGCAUGCAUUUGAGGAUUUAUUGGUAGGAAUCUGUGAAGCUUAAGCUCUGUGAAUUACUAAAUCUAAGGGUAUAAAUGGAGUGCUGAAUGUGCUUGAGGAUGUUGAUAUAAAACCAAUACAUGUAUUUUUAAAUAGCAUAUAGCUGAUGAGGGAAUUCCAAGGAGUUUUCUACGUUAUUGUACAUUCACAGAAUAAAGCUGAAGUGUCGUAUUAAUUGGAACUGUGUAAGAAGCUACAUAGCUCUAAGAUUUCUAACAGGCCCUUUAAUCUAGCAUCAAAGAGAACAACUGGAUUUCUUGAGACACGUCCUGAAUGUUUUAAGUUUCCAAACUGCUGACAGUUCAGAAUAGGACAAUUCUCAUUCAUUUUUAAGAACCUGCAGCAAGUCUUAAAACACCACAGAAGGUACAGCGCUAAUAAAAGAACUCGUAUGUCAGAGCAUGAACCACCAAUGGCCUCGUGCUCUAUUUAGAGUUUUCUUGUGCUACCAGUCUUGGUUUACUGGCAAUGAAAAAGAGGAUACUUGAGAAAGAGAAUCCUUGAUUCAGUUCUAAAGGCUAGCCAAGAUGAAAAAACAUAAGAUUUGGGGAGGGAGCUGUUCUUUCAUGCAAGUGUUCUAUGCAAGUACAUUUAGACUGAUUUUUUUAUUUGGUGACUAAUCCAACCAUUUCCAAAAUGUUCAUGCACUGGAGUUAUGGGGGUAACUCCAACACAUAGAAGGAUACUCUUGGUUUGUUCUCAUCAUAAGGUAGUUCUCCUCAAUGCCUCUGGCAAAAAUCCAGCACAAAGAUUAAAAUCUUACAGGAAUCGUUAAUAUUUGAUUAUUUUUAGAUAUUAGUUUAAUUUUUUAUUUUUUUUUCUUCUGAGCGCUUCCCUUUUCCUCUAUACAACCUAAUCUGAUUAAUUUUUCACCCAUGGUCAUAUGAAGCUGAUUUUCAAAGGUUUGCUUCUGUCAAAAUGAACCAAGAGCUGCACUAUGUCCAGUUUGCCUGUUUUAACACAAACCUACAUUUGCCAGUGCUGUCUUUGCUGCAGAUGUUUACUGCUGGAGGUAUUUAUGCUUGCAUAAUUUGGUAGUCAAAAGCAGAAUAUGUGAAGAGAAGCAUUCCAAUAUAGAGAUCUGAUAGAACAGCAGAAAAACUCUCAGAGGAGAAAAGAUGCUCUUACUGGCAUAGUUUAAAAGGAGGCUGGAUUGCACCAGUAGGAUACACAUUACACAGAUUCACUGUAUUUUCAGAAGACUGAAUCAGGCAGCUCACCAGAUUUUUAGGAAAUUUUUCUGUAUUUGGACCCUAUAGUCCAACUGGAAUGCUGAGACAUUUUAAGUGAAAUUUGACUAUUUCAAAACUACUGUACAAAUUAUACCAUUGACAUCCUUGAUUUUGGUGUCCAGGAGGAGGAGAAGCCCUUGGCACAAAGUGUUUGUGGGGUAGGAAGGGGGCAGACUUUGCACAUUCUGCCUCAGUUUUGGGGGGUGCUGCUUAAAUACUAUGUGACAAUGAGAACUGAGAAUCAGAGGUGGCCAAGACCAAUAAGAACCAAGACACAAAAGUCUCUUUUAUUCUCUUGCUGACAAUGAAAGGAGCAAGACAAAGUACACUGCAGAAUUUGUUAACAAGAUAAUUGCAGUUCUGGGGCCUUUUACCACCUGAACAAUUUGUUUCUCUCAGAAUCCAUGUAUUUUCUGUGAGUAUAUUGUCUUUGGAAGUCUGUUUUUAUGCAUACAAGAUCAGUGAACAAAACUAUUGGGCUUUUAUAACAAUUAAGUCUGAGUUAUGUUGUAUAUUAAUUACAUAUUGACAUUAAAAAGAUAUCUUACUUUA